UGCAAUGACAUGCACAAAUUAACAAAUGACCGAAGCAUACUUUUUGCGGCGAUUGCAUAUAUAGCCUACUGUACAUUUGAUGACCAUAUGCUGCAUGCAGUUGAGGAUCGGUGUGCCUAUGCAUUGAAUUGCUUCCCAGCGCAUGCAUCAAAACAGAUCUGCACCAAACACCACUGGACAUUACAGCCUAUACCUAUAAUUAAAACAAAACGUUUUUACGCUGGAAUAGCGAUGAUGGACGACGGGCUGUGCGCGCGCGCGCUCUCGCGCGUCAGCAUGGCGUUUAGAUGAAACGAAAGGCUCUCCGUUGUAAUGCACGAGUGUGUGUGUGCGUGCGUGUGUUUGUAAUGCGCGAGCGCGUGUUUGAGGUGGCGAGGUGGGGGUGAGAGACCCCGUCGUGUUUUGACCCCCUAAACAACUCCCAGUCUCCAUCUCCCUCUCCGGUUUAAAGCUCCAGCGCUCAUUGUGGAGAGACGCAUUUGAGCGCGACGCCCGCUUCAUGGACAUCGACGAAGCGCAAAGGACACGGACGCGCCGUUAAUACCGGAUACUCGGGCCGCCCCGCGUCGCUACCGCUUUCCUGUUAAGUGUUUCUGAUCUGCCGGUCUGGUGUGUGUUGUCUUCAGUCAGUGAGUGUGUGUGUGAGCUCAGCUUCAGUAUCGCAUGGAUAAGAGGUAUGAGGACUUGGUGCAGUACCCAGGCUCUGAUGCCAUGGCUGUGGGAGGCUAUGGGGAUGCGAUGAGGUCACUUCCUCCACCACAUUAUGGCCACGCUGUGCCUGACUCCCUUAAACACUACCGGGAUCAAAUCUAUGGUCAUCCUCUGUUUCCACUCCUGGCGCUGGUCUUUGAAAAGUGUGAACUCGCCACCUGCUCGCCGCGAGACUCUGUGUCAAACCCCGCCCACCUCCCUGGCAUGACCAAUCACAGUGAUGUCUGUUCCUCUGAAUCCUUCAACGAUGACAUCGCAGCCUUUGCCAAACAAAUUCGCUCUGAAAAACCCAUCUUCUCAUCUAAUCCAGAACUGGAUAAUCUGAUGAUCCAGGCCAUUCAAGUACUACGGUUUCAUCUGUUAGAGCUAGAAAAGGUCCAUGACCUCUGCGACAAUUUCUGUCAUCGUUACAUCACCUGUCUGAAGGGCAAGAUGCCCACUGAUUUGGUACUGGAGGACCGUGACGGCGGAUCCAAAUCUGACAUGGAGGAUUUUACCGGUUCUUGCACCAAUCUGUCAGACCAAAAUCAGUCUUGGUUACGAGAUCCAGAUGACUGCAUGUCGACUCCUUCUGGCACGCCCAGUGUUUCCUGUGGCCUCAACUCACACAGCUUAGAAAACUGCAGCGAUGCAGGUGAUGGGCUGGACGGAAGCAUUGCCUCUCCCAGCACAGGAGAAGAAGAUGAAACGGACAGAGACAGACGAAACAACAAAAAACGAGGGAUUUUUCCUAAAGUUGCAACUAACAUUAUGAGAGCUUGGCUCUUCCAGCACCUAUCCCAUCCGUAUCCAUCUGAAGAGCAGAAAAAGCAGCUUGCCCAGGACACGGGUCUCACUAUACUGCAGGUCAACAACUGGUUUAUAAACGCCAGACGCAGAAUAGUCCAGCCAAUGAUCGACCAAUCAAAUCGCUCAGGCCAAGGUGCCCCGUACAGUCCAGAAGGGGCGGCUUUAGGAGGAUAUGGGUUAGAUGGGUCUCAUUUAGGCCUUAGGACAGCAGGUCUUCAGGGAAUGCCAUCCCUGCCCAGCGAUUACCCCGGCGCUCUCCUGCCCCAGCCGGGAUACUCGCACGCCGGCCCGUCCCUGCACCCUUACCCCGGUCCCCACGCUGCCAUGCUGCUCCACCCGCCACCUCAUGCCCACCCUGCUGAACCCCUCAUAGGACAAGGUCUCGACAUACACGCCCACUAACCCAAACCGGAGCAGGGAACGGGCAAUGAAAGUGGGUAUUGAAUUGACUUCGCCCACAGGACGCCAACGCAGUCGAUUUACAGCCACUCUGAGAAUGUAUUAAACGCUGGCACUGAUCUGGCACCCUAAACCAUCCGAAAAACAUCCAUCAUAUGCACUCAACUCUGAUGCAAUGGCCAUCUUAAAUGCUUGAAAGACUUGUUACAUUCCUUAGCCAUUUAUUGAAAUGUAUUACUCUCUUUUCUCCUCUCGGCAAUGCACUCGAAUGAUUACGUUCAUCUUCUGUUCCGAAUUAAAAACCCACGUCUUCCUAUGGCCUUAGGGGCGAGCUGCGAUCCCCUUGAAUUUAACGUUAAGGCCUUCACAGCCUUUCUUGCCUUGCCUCCGAAGAUCCUCUUGAGGAGCACAAAAAGAGAAAAACAGAGUAUACCUCCUCGGACGGGAACCAAGAUAACCAUAUCAAGACGUCUCCUGUGAUGAAUGACUUCACCAAAUCUUAUCUCAUGAAACCUGUUAAGAACAUUGCUCGCACUUUUCCCCAGAAUGACAACAAUGCGAGAAAUGAAAAACAGAAAUUAUCCUUUGAUAUAAGCCAAUUAUAAAUCAAUGUAAAGUGCACUCACAGAAAAAAAAAAUCACUGGGGCAGUACCCUUUAAAAAGGUCCUAAUAUGUACCAUUUAUGUAAAGAUUUGGUACCAAUAUGUCCUUCUGAGGUACUUAUAUGCAGUCUUCAUUGUACCACCCACUGCUUUCAUACCUUUUAUUUUGUGAGUGUACUCUGUGGUGCUAACAAAACGUUGAGCAGCCUGAUACAGCAACAUGGGGCCAACCAAUAGUGUUGACCGUCAGCAGACAUGAGUGUUAUAUACAUUUAUAAAUAGGCUUUAUUUUCUUUUUAUUAGGUGAAAUUUGACCCUGAUGUUCUUGACAGAUUUUCAUGAGAUCUUUGUCUUCCUAGCUAUGGGUCAUGCAAGCCUCUUUCGGUUCUUCUGUGAAUAUAAGUUGGUCUCACUGUCUGUUAGCGUUAUCCAUUAUUUAAUUAAAGUUUUAUGUUAAAUCUAUUUUUGUAUUUAUCAGUAUCAAGAGACUCGGCUACUCCAAAACAUUGACGUUACAAUACGCCGAGUGCCACAUUUUGCGAAUCUCUCAAUUUGCUACAGAAGUGAAUAUUUUCUUCAGUUCUUUGAAGUUUCUUUGAAUGUUUACCUGCUGAGGUCCUGACAGGCACGUUUUCGGUUUGCUCUAAAGGACCUAACUCACGUCACCAUCAAUAUUCAUCAGUUUCAUCACGUAUUAAAGAAUGCAAGAAUUUCUCACUAUGCGUUUCGGAGAAAGCAAUGGACUUGAGCUCUUUUCUCUUAUUCUCCGUUCUGCAUUAUGUAAUGUAAUGUACUACAGAACUGUUGAUGAUGUGUUUACAAAAAUAAUAAUAUUAAACCACUUUUUUGCA